UGCAAGGAAUGGCUAUGACUGAUGUUUUCCACAAGCGUUUUAAUUCCAAAAAUAAAUCGAUGACUAGAAGAAGGUCUGUGGUUUUUCACCAAAUUAGAAACAAGACUGCAGCACCAAUAGUCAGCCUGCCUUUGACACUAAUUGUGAAUGGGUUUGUUUUCUUUGGUUACAGUCUCCAGCUCUCUGCUCAGGUAUCGUGCGUCAAGCCUGAAUUUAUCUUUGAAUGUACUAAAGGAUCAAAAGCCAUCUCCCUUUGUUACCUUGCAGCUCUGGUAUGUUUACACGUCAUGUGUUUGUGUAGCAGCUGAAAACACCCAGACAGGUCUAAAGAAACAGCCUCCAGAUCACAUCAUAUCAUGUCGUGUUCCUGUGAAGACGCAGACCAUUCAGGAAAAACAGGUUUGAACACAUUCAUCUUACCUCCUCCUCCUCUUUCUUUUCUUCCUCUUGCUCUUCCCUUGUUUAACUACAGCCAGACAGUAUCUUCAGAUGGUUUAGUUGACUGACUUCUACCAGGCUGAUCAUGACCUCCUCGGAGCCUUUCUCAGUCCUUAAUGAAAGGCUGAAACCUCGAUUCACCACCAGUGAACAGCUCUGCUCCUCUCUGAAUAGACUGGAGGACAGACAGUCGAGCUUGCUCAGGAGCAGAUUUUCAUCUUACCAACCAACACAUCGGCCAGAAGAACCAGAACCAAAAGUCUCUGCAACCAUACCAGAGCAAGAAGAGCCAGAGGAAAAUGAAGGCAGUGCAGAGCAGGAGGAUUUGGUCUCUGAUGACCUACAAGAAAUGAAAUUUUCUGAUCUCCUGCCUGUUUCCACCUCAUCCCUCCUCACAGAGCUGAAUUUAACAGAUGUGGCUGAAGAGGCUGAUGACGACAGCGGCUCCUCACACUCUGAGGAGAAAGAUGGUCCAGGUGAGCUGGCCACAGAGGGUACAAGGGACUCCUCCAAGUCAGUAGCAUUGGCUGGUGGAGGGGAGAACUCCAUUCAGAGGAAGUACAUUGAUGGGACUUUACCAGACCUGAUAAACAGCGGCAGGCCACUGGGCAGACGCAGGACAGUGGGCCAUGUCUCAGUCACGCUUAACGAAGUGCGCAGAGAAGUGGAACUUUCUCGGAAGAGAAGUAUCAGGCUUAAGGCCCAGGUGGACAAAAUACAGGAGAGCAGAGAUGGAGUCGGCUGGAGCCAACACAGGGAGAGGGUCACAGAGGAGGUCCUGUCCACUCUGCGGCUGCUGCACCCGCUGACAGAGCUCAAGUCCAUGCCACCUGAGUGCACUCAGGGGGGAAACUGCCUGGAUGCUGCUCUAGCACAGCUGCAGGUGGUGGCCCGAAAGCUUGCAAUCAGCCACACCAAGCAGGAUCUCAAACCUGGAAAAGGAGAGGAGCAAAGUGCUAUUCUGGAGCAGGCGCUGCGGGACAGAGAUGAGGCCAUAGAGAGGAAGAAGGCGAUGGAGGCUGAGCUGCUGCGGAGUAAGACAGAGAUGAUGAUGUUGAACAACCAGCUGCUGGAGGCCGUGCAGAAACGUCUGGAGCUGUCGCUGGAGCUUGAGGCCUGGAAGGACGACGUUCAGCUUAUCCUCCAUCAGCAUCUGCAGAGUCAGCAGCAGGCAGAGCAGAACCACAAGAAGUCCACCCGCCUGGGUAUUCUGAGGAGAAACAACAAACCACCCAUCCAACGACCGGCCAGCUUCACUUUGCCUGCACCCAUUCCUCCUACAGUCAACUCGAACCAUAUCUUUAUCCCGAGAUCUGCGGUUCCUUCUGCGGCGGCUCCCAGCACGCCUCCCCCCGUCAGCUCCCCUCCCUCCAUCAGCUCCCCACGUACCUGGAGGAGCAAGCUGCGAAGGGGCAAGAGUAGUCGUCAUGGAGACCAGGAUACAGAGCGGGGCAGUGACGACAAUGGCUUCCAGGUCGUAUCACUUGAUUGAAACAGAACUGCACAACUCUGAUGCUUAUCAAUUUAAAACUCACCUCAGUCAAAACACUUCUCACAAAUUUCUCCUGGUUUGACUUUCACUGUGCAAAAUGAUGUACGUGCAGGGGUGACCACUAGAAGGUGGCUUUCAUACAUCUUGUUCAAAGGGGAGUUUCACUGUGCUCACCUUGAAUCUGAGUUGAAGACGAGUACACAGGAGCAAGAUUUGUGACAACUAAGCUGCUUCCCAAGUCUCUUAUAUGGUCCAUGUUACCCUCGUGACUUUUUGCAAACAGAAAAAAAUGCAAGAAAUGUAAUGAAUGCUUUUUUUUGAGAGAGAGAGAGAGAUGACAUCCUUUCCUUCAUCUGUAGUGUCCAAUCACCAACUGAUUUCUGAUAGACUUUAGUGAAGUCUGCGCUCGUGCAUCCUCGCUCAUAGCGCCACCAGCAGUCCCCUCGCUCCUCGGAACAAAUGAGUCUCAGGACAUCCUCAAUCCUUGCUUGACCAGAAUUACUUCCUUGUCGAGGAAGAAUUGAUGACUGAUCACAUAGAGAGACAUGAGAAGCAGCCUUGGUCUUGGUUCAUUUAAGCAGGAGACAUCUGUCCAUCACUUCCACUUUCAAAACAAUAUUUGCAGUUCACAGGUUCUGGAUUUUCAAGAAGUAGAUGCAAUUUAAGACUUUUUUAACGAGGUGCUUGAACCUCUUGUGGAAAAACAAAGUAGAGUUUAAAUAUGUCUGUAGGGAAUCUGCCUUUUUCUGUAUUAACAGUAUUUUCAACAAUCCCCACAACUAGACUUAAACCAACAGUGAACUGCCUCUACUCACAGUCAAUGUCUUGUCAGUCUCCAACCUGGAUCAGCUUAUCCGUCUGUGCCACAGACCUCUGUUGUGCAGAAAUGAUCAAUAACACAUUAGUGGAACACACCGCUGUCUUGCUACUUCAGAUGCUGUAAAAGGUUUGGCUGUUUGGAGCAUUUGUGGCAACAUUUUCAACAAAUAUGCUGGUCUGGUGCUUUGUAAUGAAGAAACAUGUCACCUAGUGCAGCGGUGUGUUCUGCUGAUAUGUUUUAAUCAUUUUUAAAACAACAGAGGUCUAUUGGCACAGACGAAUAUGCUAAUCCAAGUUGGAGACUGACAGACAUAUACUGUGAGAAGAAGGGAUUAAGUAUUGGCUUGUCUCUGCAUGAGGAUUGAUGAAAAUACUGUUAAUACAGAAAAUGACUGACCUUAUCCUUUAAUGUACAUUUUUGAUCUUUGGUGUAAUGUAUGUAUAAAUUAACUGAUUGUGAAUGAGCAAUGUAUAGUUUAAUACUGUAAAUAGUUGUGAAGUGAAUUGUUGUCAUGCUGUAAAUAAUUGAAAUUCUUAUAGAAACUGUCA